UGUUUGAAAGCGAGACAGCUGCUACUAGCGCCAGUAGAGCCGCGAACACCAUUGAGUAUGGAGGAAGAAUUACGUUGUCCUGUGUGUAAGCAAUUGUACAACAAUCCUGUACUAUUGCCAUGCUAUCACGCGUUGUGUUUAAAUUGUGCAGUGCAUUUGCAACAACCGGCUACAGCAGCAUCCGUACCACAGCCAACUAAUAACGGUGUACCCGGUGGUGCUGUGGUAGCUUCUGAGCCAGCCGAAAGUGUGGCUUCAGGAAGUUCCACAGCCACAGAACCGGCAGAUUAUCAAGAAGUUGAUAAAUUAUCAAUUGUCAGUGAAACAGAUAGUGGUGUUGUUUGUAAUUCACGGCCAAAUAGUUACGUUGGUACCCCAAAUUUACAAGGUAUUUUAUUCCCACCGUUAGCCACAAGUGCACUGUCACUUGCAUGCCCAAUUUGUCAAAAAUUGGUAUAUUUUGAUGAGAACGGUGCCCAUAAUCUACACAAAUAUCGCGUUAUGCAAAAUAUUGUUGAUAAAUACAGUGAAAUUAGAAAUUUGUCACUCAAGUGUCAAAUGUGUGAAUGUGAACCGGCUCGUGAUGCCACUGUUAUGUGUGAACAAUGCGAGGUGUUAUAUUGUGACACAUGUCGUGAAUCAUGUCAUCCAAGUCGUGGACCACUUGCUAAACAUUCAUUACAAGAACCCGCACGGGGUACACAACGUUUACAAAUGUUACGUAUCCGUGAGGGUAACUGUUGUGAACAUGAAGAGGAACCCUUAUCCAUGUAUUGUAUGGUAUGCAAGGUUCCUGUAUGUGCUGUUUGUUUACGUGAUACACGUCACACCUCACAUGAUGUACAAGCGAUCAAUUCCAUGUGUAAAGCUCAAAAGACUGAACUCUCACAGAAUUUGCAACAGCUGUCGGAGAAAGCACGCUCAACCACUGAGUUUAUACAACGACUUAAAGGGAUGAGUGAAAAAGUUAAUGAAAAAUCACAAGAAUUUGAAGCAGUUGUCACAGCACAAUGUGAAGCAUUAAAAGCAGCAAUUGAAGUCCGUCGAUUACAGUUAAUGGAAGCUAUCCGACAAGAUAAAGAAAUGCGUUUACGCGCGUUAAAGGAUCAAGUAACAGCUUGCACGGGACGACUUCAACAAACAACCGGAUUGCUGCAAUUUUGCAUUGAAGCCUUAAAGGAAACUGAUAGUGCUGCAUUUUUACAAGUUGGUUCUAUGCUAAUAACACGUGUGGCCAAUACAGAUAUCACAUGGCAUAAAAAUGUCAAUGUAAAUUCACCACGUGUGUCACCACAUUUUGAUUUAACAUUGGACGAUAAAUCUGUAUUACGAGCAAUCGAUCAAUUAAAUUUCAUACAAAUGAAACCGGCCAAAGACGGAGAGGAGAGAGUGCCUGCAGCUCCAAGUGCACCAACUAUUAUCCCAGAGGAAUGCAGUGCAGAGAAUAAUUCUGUGACAGUCGCAUGGCAACCACCACCACAAAGUCAUGUUGAGGGAUAUGUUUUGGAAUUAGAUGAUGGGAAUGGUGGUGAUUUUAGAGAAGUAUAUUGUGGUGGUGAAACAAUCUGUACCGUUGAUGGAUUACAUUUUCAUUCAAUGUACAACGCACGCGUAAAGGCAUUCAACAGUUCUGGUGAAGGUGAAUACAGUGAGCUAAUUGGACUUCAAACAGCUGAAGUUGCAUGGUUUACAUUCGACCCUUUGCUCACUGGACCAGGACUACAAUACAGUGAAGAUAAUCAGACUGUGUCUGGCGAAGGUUGGGAACAUCGAGUUGCACUUGGUAGUGUUGGUUUCUCGCGAGGUAUUCACUAUUGGGAAUAUACUGUCAACAAGUUUGAUGCAGACACAGACCCAGCAUUUGGUGUUGCAAGAAUUGAUGUAUCACGUGAUAAAAUGUUAGGAAAAGAUGAUAAAGGAUGGGCAAUGUAUAUUGAUCGACAACGAUCAUGGUUUCAACAUGCUGGCACACAUGAACAUCGCGAAGAAGGUGGUAUUCAAGCUGGAGGAACUGUGGGUGUAUUAUUAGAUUUAGAUCGACAUACACUAUCAUUUUAUGUGAAUGAAGAACCACAAGGUGGUAUUGCUUUUCGAAAUUUAUAUGGUGUAUUUUAUCCAGCAGUAAGCGUAAAUCGUGGUGUUAGUGUGACAUUACAUACAGCAUUAGAUGCCCCAUCUGAUACGGAUGACACUUAAGCUA